AUGGAACCUUUUGAUGCUUUCUAUGGUAGGAGGUGUAGAACUCCUCUAUGUUGGUAUGAGACUAGAGAGAAUGAUGUGAUUGGGCAUGAGAUUGUUCAAGAGAAGAUGAAGGCAUCUCAGAGAAGGCAAAAAAGUUACCAUGACAAGAGGAGGAAGACUCUUGCGUUCAGUGAGGGUGACCAUUUUUUUCUGAGAGUCACUCCGGUGACUGGUGUUGGGCGUGCGCUAAAGUCGAAGAAGCUUACACCUCGUUUCAUUGGUCCAUACCAGAUCACUCAGCAGGUUGGAACUGUUGCUUAUAGAAUAGCUUUACCUCCGUCAUUGGAAAAUUUGCAUGAUGUAUUCCAGGUGUCCCAGCUCCGAAAUUAUAUUCCUAAUCCUUCUCAUGUGAUUCAGAUGGAUGAUGUGCAUGUGAGAGAUAAUCUGACUAUGGAGGCUCUACCUUUGAGGAUUGUGAAUCGAGAAGUGAAGCAACUCGGAGGUAAGGAGAUUGCUCUUGUGAAGAUCGUUUGGGGAAGAAUUGGUGGAUGGAGCAUGACUUGGGAGUAG